UCGAAAAGUGAUUUCAGUUCCCGACAGCAGCUUCGAGUGUCACGAAGCUUCUUCGAGCUCCUUCGCGGGAUGAAAAGUUCUUCGAAUCGUGAAAAUAAAUAAUCGAAUGGAUAUAAGCAAAUAAAACGAAACUAAACUUUCCGUAAUUUAUCUUCAUUUCGCUGAUGCCGCCGCCGGUGACUCGAUGGGAAUCUUCAAAUAUCCUUUGGGUAUUCCGAGAUCGACGAAGGUCAAACGUCUGGAUGGCAAAAUGCAUCUCCUAAUCCGGCCAGACGCGUGCUAGUAUUAUCGUCCUGCUGCAGACCGAGAAUGUUUUCGUUGGCAACAAGCGUCGUUUACGUCGGGAUCAUUUCGGCCGUUGAGAACUGUUUCGCAGCGUCGAUCAUAAAUUCGAAGAACGAAAUCGACUUUACGAACGAGUUCGUCGAACCUGACGAGAUAGACUGGCGCGAUCACCCGUGCAGGCGCGAAUGCGUCGAUGGAGAGCGACCGAUGGAUUGCAAAUACGCUUUUAAGGUUGAGUCGUAUUACGCGAUGAGCAAAGCCUGUUACAACUGUCCGUUCAACGCGACCGAUUGUUUUCGUCCGCACUGUGUACCCGCGGACGGGGUCAAACGUUCGAUCCAAGUCGUCAAUCGACGAAUGCCUGGACCGUCGAUCGAGGUGUGCCAAGGUGACAGGCUGAUAAUCGACGUGACGAAUAUGAUGCUCGCCGAGAGUACCACGAUGCACUGGCAUGGGCAACACAAUCGUGCGACCCCGUACAUGGACGGCGUGCCGUACGUCACUCAGUGUCCAAUUCUGCCUGGGGCCACCUUCAGAUAUCAAUUCGUCGCUGAAAAUGCGGGUACCCACUUCUGGCAUUCACACUCAGGAUUUCAACGCGGCGACGGUGUUUUUGGCGCCCUCGUCGUUCGUCUACCACCGAGCAAAGACCCUCAUCGCGAUCUGUACGAUUUCGACGACCACCAAAUGAUAAUACUCGAUUGGGACCACGAGAUCGGUACGGAAAAAUUCCUCGCCCAUCAUCACUCGGUCGGUGGCAACAAAGCGCCCAACUUAUUGGUCAACGGCCUUGGAAGGUACGAGAGGGCCUGGGACGCGACUAACGCCACCAAAGUCAUGCCCGUUGCAACUUUUUCAGUCGAGCAGGGCUCGAGGUACAGAUUCAGGCUGAUCAAUGCGGAGUUUCUGAAUUGCCCGAUCGAGGUUUCAAUCGACAAUCACACUCUGUACGUUGUCAGUACAGAUGGCUACGACAUAGAACCGAUCGAAGCCGAAUCUUUGGUCAGCUACGCUGGAGAAAGAUUCGAUUUUAUCGUCGAGAUGAAUCAGGAGAUCGAUAACUAUUGGAUACGAUUUCGCGGAUUGAUGGAUUGUGAUGAACGAUUUUUGAGCGCCUAUCAAGUCGCGAUUUUGAGAUACGAAGGUGCUGACUACGCGGAUCCCAAUGGCACAGUUUCUUAUGAGCGAGUCCCCAUGAACACGAGUGCAUUGCAAGUGAAUGCAUUAAAUCGUGGAGUAGAAAGCAACGAUACGAUAAGUAUGCCUCAUCUACGAUCGCUCGGUCCCAGUGACGAAUCAAUCACUCGAGAACCCGAUUACAAAUUUUAUCUGGCAUACGAUUUUUAUGGCAAAGACAAUCCACAUUUUCAUCGACAAAACCUUUAUGGAUAUCACCAAGUGGCCAAAGGCGAGAACAGAAGGCUUACGCCUCAAUUGAAUCAUAUUUCGAUGAAACUACCUUCGUUCCCUCUUUUACCACAACGGGAUUCAAUCCUACCGGACCAGUUCUGCAAUGCCAGUACCGUGCACAAUUGCGUUGAUGAAUUUUGUGCGUGUACUCACGUGCUUCAAGUGAAACUUGGCAGUGUCGUGGAGCUUGUUCUCAUUGACACAGGUUUUGCUUAUGACGCGAAUCACCCGUUCCAUUUACACGGCCACCAAUUUCGGGUGGUGGCAAUGAGACGAGUUGGCGAAAACGUCACUGUAGAAACGGUCAAGAGAUUGGACGAGGAAGGCCUCAUUGUAAGAAACUUGGAUCGUCCUCCGAUCAAGGACACUGUCACUGUGCCCGAUGGCGGUUACACGAUAGUUCGGUUUCACGCUUACAAUCCAGGCUACUGGCUUUUCCACUGCCACAUCGAGUUUCACGUCGAAGUGGGAAUGGGCCUGGUAUUCAAGGUCGGUGAGCACGAGGAUUUCGAGCCGGUACCGCGAGGAUUUCCCCAAUGCGGAGAUUGGAAACCCCCGAGUUAUCCAGAACCAGGAACAGCGAUUAUUACGGAGCUCGAUGUCACACCGUCGUCAACGACAUCGACUCAAGAUCCCACGGAAAAUGAAGUUUCCAACGCGAAACCGGUUCAGAAUACGAUUUCCGAUAUUGUUCCGAUACUUGAAAAAUUACAUUUGCAAACCUCCUCGUCGACGACGCGUUCAUGCGAUAAGCUGCUCUUACUCGUGUUUUGUUUAUCGGUUCUGCGUCUCGGACAAAUUCAUUUCAAUUAAGAUAAAUUCGAUACGGAAUUUCAAAUGAAUUAAUCGAUUAAUCGAUGAUUUUUCAAUCAUCUCAUUGUAUGCCGACCGCCACCUGCUAUUAUUCUUAAAUAAUAACCGUAUUAUUUAUUACGCGCUACUUCUCCAAUAAUUUUUAUUUCUCAAAAAAAUAAAUUUAUCAAUAUUUCUUAUAUUUAUUUUUUAGAACUCCAUCAAAUGGAGAACUGAGCUAAGACUGACAGAAUAUUGAUGAUUUUUAUUUCAGUUUUAUGUAAAUUAAGGUAGAUUUACUUGUUUUCUGAGUCGAUUAGAAUAAUGAGGGAAUUCAUUGUCGACACUUGUCGUGUGGCGAAUUUAAGAGUUGCGUAAGAAUGUGCCAAUAUUGACGAAGCCUCUCUGGCUUUGUACAUACAGCUAACCGAUGGAACAUUUUUUAAAGAGGUUUUUACUAGCAAUUAAGAUCGUAUCAAUUGUCCGAGCAGUAGAAAAGAUCGAUCGCUUGUUACUACUUUUUUUAUGCAUCGAUACUGUGAUAUGGAAGUGUAGAGAUAAGCUUAGAAGGUGUAUUAAGAUUCAGAGCUCAAUUCAACAAGCGAUUUUAUUCGUUGCAAUAAAAAUAUUUUUUCAUUUUCGCA